AUAAAAUUUAUUUUCUUUUUUGAAAAAACGCUUUCUCCAUAAAGCUUGCAUUAAUUCAACUACAAAGAAUAACACACAGAUUUAAAUUACCAUAUCAGUAAAAAACAAAUACAAAAAAAAACAAUAACAAAAAACCAAAAAUAAAUAAAUAAACAGUUGACAAACUUUCUCAUUCAAAUACCAAGACUUAAGGUCCAAAACCAUUCAAGGGCCCUCUAGAAGCUGCAGCUUUAUCACACUUCAUAAUAUUCAAGUCUUAGCCAAUAGUUGUGCAAACAUUGUAAUGUUUGCCCUGAGGGUGGCACUAGAGGAAAGGCCAUGUGUUCUUAAAAAUUUAGUUUUGUUAUCUUGGAGGCAUGAGUGUGAAGCCAUGAUUAGAGAAAUUAACUUUGAAAAAUGAAGUUUUCUGGCAAAUUCAUUUUAAUCUGUGAAACUGAUUUGGCAUGGCUUCAAGGAGAAUAAAUUCUUAUGGGAGUGGUACUUAUUAUUAUUAUUAUGUGUUUUGUUUGUUUAAAGGGUCCAAGACCCAGCUAGAGUCAUUUUUACAUACCUUAACUCAUGUUCUGAAUUCAUGUCAUUUACUAUGGAUUAUGACUACAAACACAUCAGUUUUUUAGAUUUCUGAUUUAUCAGAGAGAAUAACUGAGAAGGUAUCACUCCGCCCAAGAGGAAGUAACUUAAAUGUUUUACUUUCUAGGAGGGAACACUAUUGGAUCCACCGUCACCUCAUGGAUUAAAUACAGAUUAUGACUUGAAAUGUUUUCUGUAAUGUACCUCUAUUUGUUGGAUAUUUAGAUUAAGUUGUUUAUGAUGUUCAUCUAGAGCUGAGGUUGAACUUUUUCUGUAUAUCUAUUACAAAUCUAUUCAAAUAAAUGUAUUUUUUAACAUUUUUGAAUAUACCCAAACAUAAAAUUGUCAAAUUUAAAUCCCUAUAUGUGGUAUGAGACAUAAUAACACUUGUCACGUUGUUUGAAGUGAUUUGAUUGGCUGUGUUCCUGUCACUGUUAAAGAGUUUUGAUUUGCUGAGGGCCUCUUUAUUGUUUUUUUUCCCCUCAUCCUAAUAGUGGAACAUGAUUGUCUAAUCACCAUCAGAUCUGUUACUGGGGUGUAGACUACAUAACAUAUCAGUGCUUGUAUCCUACUGUUACAGCUGAUCUUGAAGAAGACCUGAGGGCUGAAAUAUCGUCAAAAUAAAAGAGAAAUGCAUAUGGAGCCAGAGUGUGUGACACUUUUUUCCUACUCUCAAGUUUACUUCCAGUGAUCAGUACCUCAUUACAACCCUUGGUGUGCGUUACUUUUCCACUAUAGAUUGGAAACGGAUAAUAUUGGAUGGAUAUGGAUUAUAUUACCUUUGGGGCCACAUUUUACCUAAAAAGAAAAUAUUUUUGCUUGGUAUAUUACAAUGUGUUACUGUAUGAGAGGAGAUAACUGGUAUCUCUGAGCCAUAUAUUCAUGUGUAGUGUAGAAAAAUGAUUGCAUAUGUUUCAUACAUUUAACAUACAUUUUUAUAGUGUCAAAGUCUACUCCUUUAUAUUUCUUCAAUCUAUAACUCUGAACAUUUUUGUAGUUUAAUACGCUAAUAAAGAAGUAUAUUUCUUUGUCCUCAGUGCAAAUCUUAUGAAAAGUCCUCUGUUGCAAAAGAAGCAUGGACAAUCUGUGCUGGCUGCUGACCCGCUUGGUUGGAUACGCAGACAGGCAUCCUCUUACCCAAGUAAAUGCUACACAUUGAUACAUUGGCCACAUGCAGUUCUGUAUUCUCACCAAAAUUUAUCUUCUUUUUAAAUAGUAUGGAGAAACCACAAAUUUUAAAUAUGCAAGCCAAAUUAGAAAACAAUCUUUAACGAAAGAUUUUCCCCACUGAUGAGAGGAGUGAACACUGAUGAUUGUUUUUCCAUUACCGGGAAUCAAUAUAUGAAUCAAUGCUCAUGAAAAAAUAGUUUAAGGGCAAUGAGUGGUGGCCGUGGUAGUCACAUGCUCUUUUUGUUGAUGUCCUUAUGUAACUUUUUUGUCCUUUAAUUACCUUCUUUUACAUAUUUCCAGAUAAUAAAAUGCCCCAGUGGCUCAGUGCUAAUAAUAUUGGUAUAUCAUCGUUAUCUUGGUAGUAACUAAGUCUGAACAUUUGUGGCAUUCAGUGUGGUACCCUGAGGUGUUAUGUAAUACUGCAACUCUGGAAUAGAGGGCUCAUCAUAGAUGGGAAGCCCUUUUGGUGCUGCUCAUUUCGUAUAUAUACACUCUUUAAAACAAUACACAUUGAGUUAGGGUUUUGGGUAUUUGUCUCUGCCGUGUCUGUUGCAGGAGUUGUGGCAGCAGCUACACAGGCAUGAGUUUAUGUCGAGUUGUGUUAGUGCAGAGCUCUACUGCUGAGGCUGUGUGACACAGGGAGUCACCACGAGAGGGAGGGACUUAGGCAGCAGGACAAUGCUGGUGUUUGUGCAACGGCCCCUGAGUGGCGGCUGGCUCUCUCAGAUUGCUCUCGCUUGACUACCAUUGCUGCACGCAUUGUUGAAGUGAAAGGAAAGUGGACAGCUUGAUCCUGCCUGUGGGAUGCACCGACAGAGGCAGCAGGAGAGAGAUUGGGUUGUGGUGUGAGGUACAACAAAGCAGAAGGGCUGGCCAGAAGACACAGGUCCAACAUUGCUGAUUUUUGGCCACAACAGAAAAAAAGGCGUCCACUCCUACUGGAGAAAGGAGAAGAAGGCAGUCCUGUGCUGCCACAUUAAAAGAAGCAGUGAGCAGCAUUUGUUGCGUGUUGACCUGCAGUGACAACUUUGGGCUGCGUGUUGAAGUGUGGGAAGGAAGAGGAAGGGGAAGAAGGAGAGGAGGGGGAGGAGGAGGAGGAGGAGGAGGAGGAGAAGUAGGUGGAGGAGGAAGAGAGGAGUAGUGGGCCUAGAGCCCAAACACAGGCAGGAUGGCAGAGAAAAAAGUUAGCCUCCCUGCUAAGCUGAUUAAUGGGGGCGUGGCAGGGCUGGUUGGUGUGACAUGUGUAUUUCCUAUUGACCUGGCCAAGACCCGCCUACAGAACCAGCAGGGCGUCCAAGUCUACAAAGGAAUGUUAGACUGUCUGGCAAAGACGGUACGCUCGGAAGGCUAUUUUGGAUGCUACAGAGGUGCAGCAGUGAACCUCACUCUUGUCACACCGGAGAAAGCCAUCAAACUGGCCGCCAAUGACGUCUUCAGACAGAAGCUCUCCAAGGAUGGUCAUUUGCCUCUAUGGGGGGAGGUUCUGGCAGGGUGUGGAGCUGGGACCUGUCAGGUGGUAGUCACCACUCCCAUGGAGAUGCUCAAGAUCCAGCUACAGGACGCAGGAAGGCUGGCUGCCCAAAGGUCUGUCCCAACUCCAGCUCAGGCUGCUGCUCCUGGUCCAGCUCCAUCGUUGGUGGCCCCCCCACCAGCUCGGCCGACGCCUCCACAACGGCCCUCGGCCACCAGCAUCACCGUAGAGCUGCUGAAGACUCGUGGCCUGGCUGGCCUCUACAGGGGGGCAGGAGCCACCUUAAUGAGGGAUGUCCCCUUCUCAAUGAUCUACUUCCCGCUGUUUGCCAACCUGAACGCGCUGGGUCGGGAAACAGCUGGUGGUGCGCAGGCCCGGGCGCCAUUCUGGCAGUCCUUCAUGGCCGGCUGUACCGCAGGCUCAGUGGCAGCUGUGGCUGUUACACCACUGGAUGUAAUAAAGACUCGUCUGCAAACCUUGCAAAAAGGUGAGGGAGAGGACACGUACAAAGGAAUUGUUGACUGCACAGGGCGCAUCUUGAGGCGGGAGGGCCCAUCAGCAUUCCUCAAGGGUGCAACGUGUCGCGCUUUAGUCAUCGCUCCUCUUUUUGGCAUUGCGCAAGGUGUCUACUUUCUCGGGGUAGGGGAGACGGUGCUAGGGUUGCUGGGAUAGCAGUGCUUGGCAUGGUGGCGGCAGUCGCGUUGUCUCUGUACAGAUAAUUUGCUGUGUUAAUCUGCGGUGCAUGCACAACCGAGUGAAUACAGAGAGGGUAAAGACGGCCACUAUCUGCUAACCAAAGGAUGAGGGAACAGUCCGAGAUAUGGGGAAGCUCUUUUUACUAAUAUGUGGAUCAAGCGGUUCACACUAAUCAUGUUUCUUUAGGUUUCCAACAUGCUGUCAACAGGGUUCUGUAGGUUAAACAGGGUCUCUGUGUAUGUGUGUGACUAAUCUGAGGGUAUGUGUCCCAAGUUGUCUGGGUUAUCCCAGCGUGCUUGCUGCAAUUUGUCUGGAGCUCCUUUCACCUGGGAGAAAUAAUUAUGUCUGGUUGUUAAGAGAGUUUCUGCACGUUGUUCGGGGCUGCUAGCAAACAAGCCUACCAAUCUGACCAUUUGUUUGGUUGUGACGAAAAACCGUGCAUCAUCCAAUGUAAGUGACAAAUCCCCCUUUCAAUCUUGAUCAAAAGCUAAUAUUGCAUAAUGUUUGAUGUCAGAGUCUGAACUGGGUAUUUGGCUUGACUUCAAAUGCCAAUCAUUUAGAUUUCAAUGUUUGAUGUCUUUCUCUGGAAAAGGAGCUUGAUCUCCUUCUGCCUACGCUGUUACGUAUUCCUCCCACUCCAUCCGUGAGGUCUGAGUUGUAAUCUUGGAUUCCUUCACUGGAUUGGAAGGUGCUGCCUGUCAGUGUCUCUAAGGUAAUUUGUUAAUCUGAUGGUAAUGCUUUAAUCCCUGUAUUAGCGUACAAUAUACCCUAACACACAGCUCACUCCCUGCCUAAAGGCCACAGACUGCUGGGCCUUUAGGCUUGUCUUGUAGCCUUGACUUCCUCUUCUUCACAGCUUGGAAGGGUUUAAAUAAAACCUGUGAGAAGCCAAGGGCUGCUACUGCUUAGAUAUACAUGUUGCUUCAAAUGUUGUGCGCACAAUAACUAAAAAAAAUGCAAUUAAAGCCUUAUCACUGCUGUUAGUUUUUAAAGCAUCAAAACUGUAAGUCUUAAAUGAAUUCAGUGGAAUCGGUUGUGUUUAAAUAUUGUUUUGGUACUUGAGUCCAAUUUAGCACAGACAAUUAUAAUUGUUAGACCCAUGGAGGGAGUAUGGCACCUUGUCUUGCCAACUGUUUGCCAUUACUUAAGUCCACUGGGUGGCACUAAAAGCUUUUUUUACAUUUUUAAUGGAAGACACAUUUUGAUGUGGCUAGUGUACCUAGGCUACUACAUUUUCCUCAUUGUAGAGUGAACAUAGCCUGAGUAAUUGUUUGUUUACAAGCUGUAAAUAAAGAUAUCUCAUACAUGCUGAUUUCUCUGUGUCACACACAUUUAUUACUUUGGUUUUUGUUCCUGAACAACCUUUCUGUCUACACACCCACACACACAUAAAAACUGUUAAUUUCUCUUACAAAA